ACCGAUGAACUUUCUUGGUGGUCUUAGUAACAGAUGGACUAUUGCUGCUGCGUUUGGAGCCACAGGUAGUACUGUUAUGACCAUGGCAUUGGGUGGAGGCAACAGUAUCUCGAUUGUCCCAUCGGAAUCUCCCUGGGUAGGAAGUAAGUAACUCUAACGCUAUUAUGAUCGAAUUUCUUAAUUGUGUUGGCAGUAAGGAUUAUUACGGAGCAUUUCCUGAGAAAAGGAGAAGAUAAAAAAAUACAGAUAAAAAAAUACAGUAAAACACUCACCCCCAGAAAUCUCUCUGUAAGACGCAUAAUGCACGAUGCAUGUCUAAUCCAGGUUCCAGUAAACCGCUCUGUAAUAGAAGGCUAAACCCUAGUAGUCUCCAAUUUACAGAACUAUCAUAUGCAUCACAACAAGCGCAUAGACAUAUUAGUAAAGGUUUCAGUUAAACUUGUAAUACCAUUCCAAAAUUCAAAACUAAAUCAUUACAAAGAGGCAAAAUUCAACAUUCAAACAAGCUAACAAAACCUGAAUUUUAAAAAGAAAUUGAGAGCAAAAACAAAACAAGUAUACAAGAACACACACACACACAAACAACCAAUGCUAGGAGACGACCAAAUCUAAGAAACAAAGCAAUUGCAAGAGCCCAGAAUUAAAAGAGUUGUUCUAUGGUACUCAAAGAAGUAUAUAAGGUCCGAGAAUCAUUUUUUGAAACUACCAGCAAUAUUUUUCUGUCUUUUUACUCAGUUAUUGACGUUUUGUUGGCCGUCCUCCUUUGUACAAUACUAUUCUAUCCAUAUUUUGUCUGCCUCACAACUGAAUACAAGUUCGUUGGUUCUAUCCUCGGCUUUCUUUAUGGUGUGUUGAGGUAUGUAUGUGAGUAUUGUCUUAAAUUAUGGGAUUUUUUUGCUCUAGCUCGUUAAGUCAGACAUAGUGGGACAGAGUAGAGAUUCGGGUCAUCCCUUUCUUUGUUUUUAUGGAGGGUGUUUUUCGUGAAACUUCGAUAAUACGUUUGACAUCAGUUCUCAAUUAAAAACAUGCGAUUUCAUGAGAUAUCAGAACGUUAAUUUUAGGUUUGGGGCUAAAACAAACCGGAACUCUUCAAAGUUGAUGCAGGUUUCUUUACAAUAAACACGCUGAGUACUAAAGAAUUGGUCCAUGCUUAGCGUGCGUAUAUAGAUUCAUGGAUGCACCACGCGAGAAGUUUGCCGACCACGAGAGAAGCGUAAGAGUUGCUCCAAGCGCAGCCAACAACAACUCUAACUUCUUGAUUAAAAUUUUUGGAAAUUCUAAAAUUGUACGGUUUUAAAGUUAAAAUCUUCAAUUGAACAAUAGUUUUAGGAAAUGUCAACUCUUUAAAAUAGUAUGAUUACACGCGUCCCAGGCUCACGUCUCGAGAAAAAGCGAACGAUUAAUUUAUGAAAGCAUCACGCGUUGUUUGAGGUGGGGAUGAGUUACAAGAGGAACCGUUGAGAAUUUGAACACGUUGCAAGGAAUAGUAUGGGGAACGAAAUAUGGUCGAUUUACAACGAUAAAUAUUUCGACAUGUGAACAUUUUACAAGUGAAUUCAAUAGAACUUACUCACAUCUUGUGUGUCUGUGGUGGUUUCUGGCGAUUUCUGCCAUUUUAAGCUUGCUUUGCCAUCCCUGAUAUAAGACGAAGUGAAACUGCAAACUUCAUGUUAUGGGUACAUAAAGAUUUGUACCAUGGUAGCUCUUUAGGAAUUAGGUAGGACUUGCGCGCGGUAUGUUAUGAUGUAUAUUGUCUUUCUUUUCAUGGUCGAGAUGCCUUUCUAGGUUACAAUCCCACCAGUAUUUCGACAGUUUGCCGACAGGGCCAGAUGAUACGUUAAACUCAUUGACUUCCAUUGGUUUCCUUCAGGUUUUCUUUUCAACUUGCUACAGAGAUACGUUGCUACGUUGUGUAUAAGGUGUUAGUUUUGGAAUGCAUCAACAAACGUGAAGAACUUAUGUUUCCUUAUGGUCACGCAGAUAAAGCUGCUUGCUGUGUUUUUAUGAACGACUGAAUGAAGCUAAGGAAAUGGAUUAUAGAGAAAGAGUUAAAUCACCCAAAAUACUAAUAUAGUUUAUACUGCGCUGAAAAAGCGUAAUCGUUCUCAAGCCAUGAACAACUUUCGGAAGUAAGUCAAUUCACAAAAAUAUUGUGAAAUAUUUUUGUCUUUGCCUUAGUCCUUGUCCUUCUCUUUGUUUUGUCCUUGCCCUUUCCCUUGUCCUUGUAAUCUAUUUUUGUUUUAUGUAGAAAGGCUAAAGAGCACUCGCCGAGUAAUUUUUGUUCGCUGUUGUUUCGAGUGCCAUUAUUUCUGUUGGCUAUAAAUUAGAUUUCAUGAGUCAUGGAACAAAACUAUGGCCCGUAUGGCUCAAAUAAGUAAAGUAUUUUUUUUCCUUUUAGAAAACAGGAGCCUAUGGAAUAACGUUUAUUAUUUCUAACCUGCCUACAACACUGUGCCUUAUCUUUAUAACAACGCGAUUUGCUUUCCUUAUUGUUCGACGAGUUAGACAGAUGUGGUCUGUAUCUUCUACAGAGUCAGCAGUAAGUUAGAGUUGCAUACAUGUAUGUUUUCGUCCCCUUACAGCAGAUACAAAAGUGUGUAAUUUGUGCAUGUGUCUUUGUUUGUCUGGAGUUUCUAGAUCAUUCCCUAUUUAGCUAAGUACGAUGAGGGAAUAGUGGUAUCAUAAAAUUCAAAGAAAAGCGUCAAGCAAAAUUUUAAUGACGCCUUAAAAUCGAAUUAAAAAAGGAAAAUUGCAAAAUGUCUUGAAAUAUGGGAGAAUUCAAGAAUUUAGAAAAGAAACAGGCGGAAAUGGCGACAAGAGAGUACAAAUUUAAAGGAUUGAAGGUAUCAGUAAUUAUUUUAAUUCCAUCCCUAAAAUUUUUCUCUCUAGGAAAAGGACUCCUGCUCACGCUCACUGGUUCAUGAUUCAGACGUUCUUCACGUGAAAUUCAUUUUAGGGCAAAAACCUCCGAUGUAAGAUAUUUUUAAAAAACUCCUGUUCAAUGUACGACUAAAACAGUUAAAUUUUGUGGUCAUUUUCCUUGUCCUUGUCCUUUUCCUUGAGUUAUUAUUAUCGUUUUUGAGUUUUGUCAGCAGUAUCUUCUCCCAUAUUUUUUCAGAUACCCGAACAAGUCAGAGUGGUACUGGAAGGUUCUCCACUUUUUUUACAUACCAAGGGCAGGUGUGUAUGGUAUUUCGUUACAAAAUAAACAACGUUGGUAUUUUAGGUCGAUUUAUUGUUUUUUACUUAUGCUUUUCGUAUCGUUUAUGGACCCUGACUUAUUUAUCUCUUUGUUUCAUUCAUUUUGAUAUUAUUUUUUUAAUAAUGAGCUCAAAGCUAGACUUAUGGAUUGGACUAAUGAAAUGGACAACUUCUUUGAUUUAAGAUUUUAAGUUCUCCACUCAGUUGAUAUCAACAGUGUUUCUUGUCGGGAUAGCUGUCUUUGAAGUAAGUACUCAGUGUAUCAGAAGAUGUCUUAUCUAUCGAUUUGGAAUGGACUUCUUCAUUCUCUGCAUUUCGAUUUGUCUUUGGCAAGGAUUCAAAUUUUACAACAGACAUGAGUGUGUAUACUAAUGACCCCUACUAUUUAUAGCAAAUAUUUGCCAUGAAAUGAUUACUAAAUAUUCUAUCUCUCUUUGUUGUAUGUAGGUCUUAAUAGUUUUUCUCACAGCGUGGGAACAUCUUUUAGGCAGUUAUGGGGAUAUACACAGAGGUGAUGUAUUAGCAGUAGAACAUAAUAAUUUACCUGCUUCCAAAAAUCUUUCAAUUUCAAAGCCUUGAUCGACUUGACCAUGUGAAGCGGACAAUUUUUCAUCAGUCUUUUAGUCACCACUAGUCAGUUAAUCAAACCUCUUCAUAAAACUACUGAUUAUAUUAAAAUCCGCGGAAACUGCUCCACAAGAAUCAGUCAAAUUACCAUUGUUUAUUAUCAUAUUUCUAAUAGGACAUACUUCAUUCUGAUAGGCUGUAUUUUCUAAGGCAUUUCAUCGAACUCUCACCCCCUGUGACCAUUUCCAUCCGAACAUCUUACAAAAAAAAGACCACGUAAGGAUAUCGACGCUCUCCUCAGAAACUUUUGCCAUAUUGUAGGGGAUAAAUCGUUUUAAAUAGUACUGAGAUGAUUAUGACGUUGAAGCUUUAGCAAUAGGAAGUCGCUUGUAAAAACCUUUAUCAUGCAAAAGAGACUUUUACCACGAUUUUCCCACAUAGCGAGGAGAAUUCCAUUGCGACGUCGAAUCGAGGGAGUCAGCUCUAGUAUCAGGAGCUAUUUAAGCUUUUUCCUGGCGCCCAGUUAAUGAGACGAUUGUAAACGGUGCGAUAGUUGCAGGGUGAAACCGUGGAAGGUUUGGUUCGGGAUUGUCAUGUGACCAGACCCAAGUCCCCUCGUUGUUUUUGCUUCACAGCUGCUAUAAUUGCACCGUUUACAAAUGUACCGUUCACUAUUCUGCUGUUUUACCACCCAAUUGCUUCCUUGGAACAGGGUAGGUUAGUUUUCUAUUUUCUACUGGCUAGAUUUAUAUAUUUCUUUAUUUUAGGUUAUCUUUACGGAUCGCACAUUUUCGCAGCUCUAAUUUAUAUUAUAACAACACUUCACUUCAUGAAGUGCCACAGGUACGUGUGAUUAGUUUCCUGAACGUGUUCGUGAGGACCAUAAAAGUUCAACAGGACGCUUAAGUUUUAUGAGGGAUCUGGGAUGGCGCAGUACUGAGCGAGAGCGCUCGUCUCCCUCCGUUUCGACCCUGGUUCGAUUCCCGGACCUAGCGUGACAUGCUUUGAGGGACUUUUCUCCGGGUUUUCAGAUUUUGCACCUGGAAACAGUGAACAAGGAGAGUCACCACAUGAAAUGCUCACUGUUAAAUUUCCAUUAAGACACCAUCCGAUAUCGAUCGCUUGUCAGUAUUUCUUUCAAAACUCGUAAUUCUGUAUGGUUAGGGCAUUAGAGCUAGGGUAAGUCACAGAUUUUAUUGAGAACGACUUAAGUACUCGUAUGAGCUUUGGCGUCUGAAAAUUAUGCGAAGUUGUAACUGAUAUGUCACACACACAAAAACAACAACAGAAGUAUUAUCGCAGCUCUAACGCACCAAAGCCGGGGUAUUUAUGAGAAGUUGUAGAGGUGCACCUGCUAAAUCUCAGUCUUGAGAGUCUCCGAUUUUACAAUUCGCUCACCUCUAAGAGGCCAAUGCUCUUAAGGUCCGAUUAUCACUUAUCCCCGAAGGGGGGGAGGGGGGGGGUUGAGUAGAAGAAUUUGGGGGGGGCUACAUGGUUUUCAGGGAGGAACGGAGGGGGAUCAGUCGUCGUUAACAGAGAAUAAAGGAGGACUAUGCAUAACUGACUGCUAAUUUACCGCUAAUGAGAAGGGGAGGGGGAGGUCAUGAGUAAUAAAAAACAAAAAAUCGUGAAAAAAACAAAAAAGUUCAGAAAGUUCAAAAUUUUCAAAGCGAGCCAUGUUACAUAAUGUGUGGAAUACAUAACGUAUGAUAAGGGCUGAGUCUUAUGAAUAAAGAAGAAGAAAUCAAAAGUUACCGAGUUCACCUUUUUGUAGUCAGACCAUCAGUUGUGGUUAUCGUCAUAUGUCUUAAUGGACAAUAAAAUCCUUUGAAACGUUUCAAAAAAACUUUUCAACAAUUCUGUAUCAUGGUGAGAGGUCUAAGAGCGCUUAGCAACAAUUUAGAAUGCGGGAAGUUUGUACCUGUGGUAAAAUUGAAACAGAUAAUACGAGCUGGUUUAACUGAAGUGAAAGAGAGAAAGUUAGUUGAAUGAACGGGUUUGAUUGUUUUAUUUAGCUUUUUCGGCGACUGAAAAAUAGUUUAUUGCCUGACGAUGUCAUUUACAAGGAGGGGAAAAUUUAUAGUUGACUGGAAGUUGACUCGUGGCUUGAAUUCGACCCGUGAAAUGAUGUAAACACAACGCUCACUAGUUUUUAGGCAUUCUGUUGAAAUCGGACUGAAAGAUUAUUCUAAAGUUUAUUGUGAUUCUUUCUCCUAGGGAUCACAUGCUCCAGCUUUACCGUGGAGAUAGACGUCUAAUGCAAAACGUUUGCCUCUCACCGGCCUCUUAUGUGGUAUGGCGAUAAAUUUGCUUUCAACGCUCCCAUCAAAAUUAAGGAGGAAACGACUAACCUUUGCCUUCCACUGAUAUCUGUUCUUACUUGAAGGGCAAGAUGAUUUGAAAGAUUGGAAAGCUUUCAGCCUUUUCCAGAAAAUUGAGAAUUUUCUCCUUGCAUAACCUAAUGAUGGCUGAAUACAACGAUAACAGGCAAAACACGUCGCAUUUACAUUGGCAUUUACGUUCACGUUUACGGUCGCGGUCACGGUCAAGAUCACAGUUACAGCUGCGUUCAUAGUCAUGGUCGCGAUCAUAAUAACGAUGAUGAUUUAAAAGAGGUCACGUACAUUUUGCCUUACUACUGAAUAUUUUGUCUUGAAGGGAGAAAGUCUGAGUUAUACUGGAUAUCAAGUCGCCUAUGCCGUGAUUGGUAUGUAUAGAAUUUUCAACUCAAAACAAUGUGAGAAAUUAAGCAUUUGUUCCGUGCACACACUAGGUAAGGUAAGGUAAGAUAACGCCUUUAUUUAAAGAGAGUAGACACUUGACAGUUAUAAUAAAACUAAUAAACUUGUGGCCUUCUAUGAAACGUAAAAUCGUAAUUAAUGAUAAAAUAACACUGUCAUUAUAGAAAGAUGAACAUUUUUUAAUAGAUAAUUUAAGAGGCAAGCAAAAAUAUCAUUAAAAAACUAUCUAGAGUCUUAUUUAGAAUUCUUAACUAUUUAAAAACUAUUAACUAUCUAAAACUAAGACUUGAUAGAAAAGGCUACCUAAAUACUUAACAGAUAUUCAAAAUGUCCUAUCUCUCUUUGCUUAGCGAUUAAAUUCGUACACAGUUUCUUUUUAAAUAUUUAACAUUUUCACUUUACUUACGUCAAAAGACAGUUCGUUCCAAUUUCUAAUAGUUCGUACGCUAAAAGUCCGGCCUCCUUAUGUAUUUUUCUUGAAAAUAGGACAAAGAAAAGGAAACUCUGAAGUCUAACGGUUAGCCGAUCGAUUAUCCAUUACAAUUACAAUAUUAGACAAAGAUCGCAAUAGGUCGGCGAAACGUUGCCAAGUGUCAGGCUAUUCAUUCAAAAGGUCGAUAAACAUUUAAGAAAAUUCGCAUAAAUUGGAGUUUUCUGUGAAAUCAUUGACUUCUUCGUGUUUGAUAAAUGUUGUAGGUCGCUAAGACUGCAAAAAGUUGCUCCAACGCCAAAUGUAGCUCAAAAGUCGCCGAACCUAAUUAGGACAGGCCUACGCGUGGCUCCAAUGAUAACCACCAUCCCUGUCAAUAGAUAAUAACGAUAAUUGUAGCAAUGAUUUGAUACUAAAUCUGUGACCACUAAACACGUGCACGUAACUUCUAAAACGUUUCACGCAUGUUUAACUCCUCUGUCACACUUUGUAAAUACUUUACGCUUUCUUCACACUGCGUAAAGGUCGAAAAUAGACAAUUUCUUUAUUAUUUGGACCUAAGCAAACUUAAUUACUCGACUUAAUUGUAAAAACUUUGCUUUUUGUCAGACAAAACGUAUAACUUGAUUAAACAAGUUUUUAUUAUAAUAAACAGGACUAAUAGAGAUAAGGACUAAUAUGCCUCAAAAGUCCAAGUCGUUUUGACAGUUUCUUACAUAAAUAUCUCAGUGUGCUUCAAAGCUUAGAUCUUUAUCAAUAAUAAAACCCACACUAGUGUUGCUCAACCUUAAAAUCAAUAAAAGCAGUGCAAAAGCUGUAAUUCCCAUUAUUUAUUUUUACGACAUCCAUUUUGAAAUCACUGGUGGUCCCUGUAAUCUGAUUGGCUCUAAGUGGUGCGAUUUAUUCAUAAAUCGCACCAUUUUUUGCUUUAGAUCGCAUCUUUUUCCCAGCGAAUGAGGAGACUACACUAAAAACAAAACAACCACUCAGAUUUCAAGGCUUGUUUAAAGUAAUCAAUCAAAUUGCAGUAAAAUGUGAGAUAAAGAGUAUCAUGUGGCAAAUUUUGCUACUUUUGUUUCCAAAACUGUUUUAUUCCCCCCCAAACAAAAAAAAAAAAAAAAAUGAAUGAAUUUAAUUUCAAACCAGUUCAGCACUGCAUCAAUAAAAUGGAUGUGUAAAGUGGUAAUCGAACUUCGAUUAUGAUUUCAAAUCGAACUCGCGCUGCGCGCUCGUUCAAUUUUGAAAUCACGCAUAUGAUUUCAGCUCAAAUUGUACUCCACUCGGUUCAAUAACCAUUAUUAAUUAUGCAUCAAUUAUCAAUUAUAAAUGUACAUUCAGAGUAGUAUAUCAGGUGCGAGCCUGUAUUGAAGCAAAAGAGGAGGUUUCUUUUCGUUUUCACGAUGACUAAGCUGGAGAAGAGUUGGAAUAAUUUAAGGGUUUCCAUAACUUUCGCGUAUGUUCUCAACACCUCUAAUGUUAAAACAAGGCUUCGUAGAGCGUUAAGUAGUGUCUAAUCAGGUUUGCAAAUGAUGAGAUAUUCAGAUCUCUGGUAUUUUUUCCAGUAUUUUGCUCGUUUCUCUUUGCAGGUUUUUCCGUGUUGUCAAAUUUGGGCUUCCUUCUAAUUUUCAUUCCAAGUAAUGAUAAGAUGAUACGCGAGUUUAUUUUAUCAGCUGCAAAAGGAGUUGUGUAAGUAGAUUGAUAACGUAAAUAGGUUGUUUUAUAUAUUGUUUACAUUUCCUCUCUGGUGUUUCAUUCGUUUUGUUUGUUUGUCUGUUUUUUUUCAAUUUUUUUCCUCUCAGACCGACGAUAGUGCUGAGUUUCAUUUCACAAGUGUUCCAGGGCGUGUUCCUAUCUCGAUAUGCCUUUCGUGACAGAGAAUACCCAAAUUUCUCGGUCGUGAUUGAUAACCGGUAAAAAUGACAGUUUCUGUAUCUAUUAACAUGAUAAGCUAAGCUGCGCACGCUCACCUUGACUGCUUCUUGACACAUAGAUGACGUCAUCAUAAACGCAUUUUCACUGCUUUAUCAUCGAUUGUUAAUGUGGGUGUGUUCAGCUUGCUAUUCGCGAUUCUUAUCCCUCUGCUUCUCCAUGCAAUGUGAAAUGAACCAAUUUAUGUCACAAAAGCUUGCACUCUCGUAAUAUCUAAAAUUGGCUGUGUACUGACAAAAUUUCCAACACGACACAUUCUAGCUUUGAUGCUUAACAAAGAAUAAGGCUGUUCGUCUCAUUUGCAACGAAGGAAAAGGCUUCUCGUCUUGCCAAAGGCGCGGGAUGUUGGUGCGAAAAUUAGUUUUCGCAGAGUUUAUCAUAAUCUGCCACCAAUUAGAAUGCGUACAUCUCUAAAACAAAUCAUCUGAAUAAUCUACCUUAAUUUCCUCUUCUCUGAAGAAGAUCAUUCCAUUUUCGAGAGGCCUAUCGGGAAUCAGCACAUGGGGCUGCUCACGGGUUCCUUGAGGGUCUUAGUGUGGUGAUGGCCCUUAACGGCUAACGGUUAAAAUUUUGGCCUUCUUACGUUAACAGUUAAUUGGACACUUUCCACAUGACUCAUCACCAAGAUAGGAAACGUUUUUUUUUUGUUUUUGUUUUACGCCUAACAGCUACUUUUACAGCCUUACGGCUAACGGUUAAUCCCACUGAGGCCCUCACAUUUAUUCUUACCUUCUUGGAAAUAGACCACGUUUUCUACUCAACACUGCUCCGGUCAGUAUAAGCAGCUAUUCAUUAUUUCUUUGUUUCACUUUUUUAUUCUCUUUUUUCUCUAUUUUGAAUCACUUUUUAGACGACUGUUCUCUAUCAUGUCGUAUGCCUUUGUGUUCCUCAACGCCAUUGUUGGAAUCUCAAUAGGUCUUCUCCGCAUAGCUAAAGCUAUGAUUCUCGGGCUUUUCUUCUUCUCGCGUCCCGACCGACCUAUUCUCAUGCCAGGAUUUCAAAAAUGGGAAAAAGGUAAGCUUUCCGGAAAAACCAGUUUUCAAAUGUGUUUUAUCGAAAAAUGAAAUUCGAGUUUAGACUUCUGACCUAUGAUCUGCCAUUCAGUGCUUGCCGAACGACGGCAUCUCCACCAAAAAGUUGAAACAUUGGGCAGCUGCUUGCUGCUUCUCAGACUUUGCCUCUUGCUUCUUUUGAUUUUCUCAAAUUACCGAAGCAUUUGAACAAAAAUGCAACGAUGCACAAGGGACUGGUAAUUAUUCAUCGCCUGGAAAGGGGAUCGAAGGACUUCAUUCUCUGUAGCAGUCAAUUUGUCAUAGUUCCCCUUUCAAACUUUGUAAGAGACGACUGAUUCCCCUUCUGCUCCCAAUGAAAGCCAUGCGAUCAUCCGCAAAAUCCUCUUUCCCCUUCUCCACCUCGGUGAUAAAUAAUGAUUGGUCUCUCAGCAAAAGAUACUUCAGCCAUGAAAGAUACGACAAAAACAACCCGAACAGCAACGCAGACUUUACUUGAGUCCGCAUCUAAUGCUCAUUUUUCCCUUCAACUUACCGAACAGGUUUUGUAGCGUAUCUUGGAUUUCUUCAAGUGUUGGUAGCCCACAGACAUCCCGUUGUGUUAAUGUUCUGCCAAUUGCUCAUUGAAAGCAACAAGGCGACAACUUCGGAGGAGAAACGUAAGCAACGUUUAAGAAAUUAAAUAUUACUGGUCUAAGAAGAAAAUAUCGAGAGUAUUAACUCAAGCUGGAAUUGGUUAAUCAUUCAGUCAGUCAGUCCAUCAGUCAGUCGAUCAGUUCGUCAGUCAGUCAGUAAAUCAGUCAGUCAAUCGGUCGGUUCGUCAGAGAGUCAGUCCGUCGGUCAGUCAGUCAGUCCAUCAGUCAGUCAGUGCGUCAGUCAGGUAGUCAAUCAAUCAGUCAGUCAGUCAGUCAAUCAGGCAGUCAGUCAGUCAAUCAAUCAGUCAGUCAAUCAAUCAUUAAGUCAGUCAGUUAGUCAGUCAGUCAGUCAGUGAGUCACUCACCCAGACUGUCAGUAAAUGGUAAGUAAAUCUGUCCGCGUGUCAUUUACUCAAUCUGCCUCUAUGUUUAUCUGUAUUUUUUUCUCCAACGUUUGUCUCUUGCCCUUCUAUUAUUGACAAUUGUUCGCCGAAGGCGAAGUGAAUAUUAUUGAAUUAUUCCCGAGACAGAGUCGAGGGGAUUAUUUAACAAUGUUUACUGAACCUGACGCGAAUAACGGUUGGUAUGAUUGCACAGGUGCUUUCGAAUAAUUUUGCAAAUUUUGUGAAUAAAGAAAGCGUUGCGCAUAUUUUGUGCCAAAACUUUGUUAAUUACUCGUAUCUACAUAAGCAAGAAGACUUAUCAACUUCAUUUAAUCCUGUUAAAAGUCUUCUACCAAACUCAGUACAGUAGCAUCUUUUGUGCUUUUUUCAAUUGAAAUUUUCUUCCAUCGUAUUUAUCACUUCUUCGGAAAUGAGGAGAUUAUAGCGAGUUAUAAUGCAAUCCUCGACCAAUCAGAGCGCGCACAUAUCUAUGAUCGUGACCAGAGCAAAUAUAGUAACAACUAAAUAUAGCUAUGUUUAACAAGUUAACUAAAAAAUCUGUCCGUCACAGAACAUUCCAACCUUUCUGUGAAGCCAAACAACGCUGAGGAGCCAAAACAAGUCACUGGUAUGUCAAUAAAUUGGAUCAAUAUCAGUAUCUGGGCAACUGCCCACCUACCCCUCCCCUAACCCAACGUUAACCUUAACUUGUUUUCAAUUGACUGUUGUUGAAUUAAGGGAGGGGUAGGUGGGCAGUUGCCCAGAUACUGAUAUUGAUCCAAUAAAUUAAUAUAAGGCAACCAUACCGGACAGUGCCUGAGUUCCUUUUGUAAGGCAGUCGACAUAUAGUUUGCAUUUACCCAAAUACACUUCAACAAUACCGUUAAUGUACUGAAUGUCGAUGUAACUUUGAAACAGGAUUCAAACGCGAAAUCCGCCAUCCACGCCUGUCACAGAGGGUGGUCAACCGCUGGCUUCUUGCUGUAACUCUCCUCCGCAAUCCCACAAUCAUACAGUAUCGUCACCAUUCCUUUUCGGUACCCAUUGAACAGAGUGAGGUCGACACGUCUUCAGUAUCAGUCUUAGUCGACGCUAUGAUCUAAUCGUCAGGUUUAGCUCAUAGCACAUAACUAUUUUAAGGAUUAAAUGAAGGGCAUUGUAAUAGUCAAGUGUUGCAAGGUAUAUAGCUGUUACGAGAAAGAUUAUCGGAAAAACCGACAAAACUGCACGCCACAAUCUUGGAAAACAAUCUGGGUAUCCGGUAGUUAAUGAAUUUUAAUAAGUGAAGGAAAAUAAAUUUAUUAAUCAAACCCGCUGUACCGCGUCCGUACAAUGACGUUCCUUAGUUUUUCUUUGCAUCCUGAAGUCAAGGUGCCGUGAUCUGAAAACUACCCUCAAUACCUUUCAUGGUUGUCGUGUGCAUUUUUACGCUUUUUGUUGGACUACCUCUCUCGAAACAGCUGUAUAUUCCAUGAUAGGUUUAUGCUCCAAAUUAAAUACUGCAUAAAAAAA